AUGUAUUUUCGGCUUGUAGAUUUGUUUUUUCACGAAUCAUUUAUUCGACGCCUUUACGAAUUACCUCCAAUACUACGGCUUGUUCGCAACUGGCAACAUCAAUCGAGGGAGGCGCUCCCUCCCGUCCGCGAUCGAACAUCGAACACGGAAUACCGGCGCGAGGCAACGGACCGUCCACACGUAGGGCGCGGUCGUUCGGCAAAUUAAAAAGUAAAUAAAAUUGUGAUGGAGCUCAAAGGAAAGGUUGCUCUUAUUACCGGUGCGGCGGCCGGCAUAGGAUUGGCUUAUAGUGAGGAAUUGCUGAAACAUGGAGCUAAGGUGUCAUUAUGCGACAUCGACUCCGACAUUGGCGAGCAGAUCUCCGACGAGCUGGGCGCGAAGUACGGACGUAAGAACGUGCUGUUCUGCCAGUGCGAUGUGACCGACUACCCGCAGUACGAAGAGGCCUUCGAGAUGACGAUCAAAGUGUUCAACCGGCUGGACAUCGUGAUCAACAACGCCGGUGUCAUGAACGACCGGUUUUGGGAGCUGGAAGUCGAUGUCAACUUGAACGGCGUCAUCCGCGGGACCUUACUGGCGUACCGGUUCAUGGGCAAGGACCGCGGCGGGCAGGGCGGCACCAUCGUGAACACAGCUUCCACUGCAUUCACAAGGCCCCAAGUUUCUACUCCCAUCUAUACAGCCACCAACUACGCCGUCGUGGGACUCACCAGGGCUUACGGUGACCAGUAUCACGUAGGACUGACAGGCGUUAGGAGCCUGGUGUUAUGCCCGGGACUCACAGAGACGGGCCUGGUCAAGGAAAUACGCAAACAGCUCAUGUCUUCCGAGUAUGAGGCAGCUUGGCAGCGUGACAACGCCAACGCCAAGACGCAAAGCUCAGAGCACGUAGGACGAGCUCUGGUGGAGAUCCUCACUAAAGGCCAGAGCGGCUCAGUAUGGAUCGUGGAAAACGGCCAACCCGCACGGGAGUGGCGUGGCUAAACUACCAUCACUCUACAACCUUGCAGUAUCUUAUUGCGACAUAAAGAUAUUUUUAGAGCUAUGGAACAGACUUCAAGAUAAAAGAUAAUAUUUGGUUUUUGGGCGCGCGCACGUUUCUGAUUAGGCGGGUCCCACAGGGCGAGCAUACGCGCGAGGCAAUUUCCUCACGCACAAACCGGCCAGUGUAGAAGUGCCUAGGCCGGUUUGUGCGUGAGGAAAUUGCCUCGCGCGUAUGUUCGCUGUGUGGAUCCGCCUAUUACGGCACAAAAUGUUCAGAAAGACUUACAAAAGCUAGCGAAGCAGCUCGGUCUUCUGAGUAGACGCUUCGGCGAGGCACGUCUCCACCGACCGAGCUGCUUCGCGAGGCAUGUGCGCGCGCGCAACGAACGCGUGGCCCUAAAUUGUACGUCGUCAAAAUGCACACAUCGCUCCAUGCGAUAUGGGGUCGGCACAACUCUUAUUCUGGUAUCUAUGGUCAGGAGAAAAGCCAAAGUAUUUCUAGUCCAAUACUUUUUCGAUCUCCUUAUUUUAUGAAGAAGCGCAAUAUAUUUAUCAAGCUUUACCUGAGAAUGUAUGGUCAUUUUUAACACGAGGCAUAAAAGGCGUGAAAGUUAUUCUCAUAUAAUAUAGGUAUACUAAGAUAUUUCGAACGACUGUUUUCUGCGGGUGAUCCUAUCCAUACUUUUUUUUUUGUAUAAUCCAUUCGAUGGUCACUUGACCGUAUAUUAUAUACUGUGACUGUGUCCGAUCUAAAUUUAAAUUGGCUCAAUGAUAAGACUCGACACAAUCUGCCAAAAAACAACGUACUUACGCCUUCAGUUUGGCGUUAUUUAUGGGAAUAACUAAUUGUUUUAUUUUAGAAAUCUUUUUAACAUAAUUUUAAAAACCGAUGUAUAUUCAGUGAUUGUUAUUUGUGUUUUAUAAUUCUGAUGCUUAUAGAUUUACUUACGACUACUUAUAAACUCCACGAAGUAACAAUACAAUAUGAAUACGUGAUGUGGUUGUGUAAAUAUUCAGUUCUUUAGUAUUAGAAGUGUUUGAGUAAGAAGCUGCAUUUAUAUUUUAUAAAAUAUAUUUUACAAAAAUAUAGAUAAGUAGGCUAAGAAUAAUGUUAGACAAUGUAUUGUGUACCUAUACUUGGAAAUUGUCUGUAUACCUAAGGCCCUGUAUAAUAAGAUAAGUAUGUAUUAUAAGCACAUACGUUGUUAUCGGCUUGUGUAUGUUACGAUGUCAAACAUUUUGUUGACGUGCAGUGUUACAGAUAGUUCAUUUCACAAAGACGAAUAUUUUUCUAUUAUUGACAUUACAGUCUAAUUUCGGUAAUCUUUCGUGAGAUGAAAUAUCUAUAACAAUUACCAUGGAAUUGAAUACUCGAUUAUUUGUAAGUUCUCAACAGUUUUUUACAAGUUUGUUGCUGAGAUUUUUUGAUUUGCAAUAAAAGAUAAAAGGUAUAA